CAAGUGUCGGCAUGGAGACACCUACAACACAAACCACCAAAUCACGCUCUUUUACGAAUCUUUUGNUUACGAUACUUCUUCAACUUUUGCUCUGGUCUAGCCUUUUUCCUCUUUGUGUUCAAAUCUCUCUUUUCGCUCUUUCCAAGGUUGACAAAUCCUUGUUUCUAACCGAUGUUAUCUGCAUGGCAGCGGCUGGAACGUCACUUUUCGUUAUUCUUUUACACAACCUCAUCGUAAGGCUCCAGCAGAGCGUCUUCAGCAAAUGGGCCAAGGUGGUCGCAACGUUUUGCAGAGUCUUAGUCCUCUUCCUGUCAUGUACAGCAGUGCUGUUGUGGAUUACUACAGUCGGGCUGGGGGUUAUAUUCACUCUUGCAAGGCAGCCGACAUGUCGACCAGCCAGUUUCGACACUCAUGAUAUGUGGAGAAAGGGUCAAGUGUGUUACGUUCAAAGAGCAGCUCUAGUUUNNAUUGUUUCCUUCGUCUUAUGUUUCACCUAUAAUGUUUCGCAUGAUCCGUACGCAGCAGGACUGUUCGGAUCAGGACAAGCAAAAGUCUGCUUAUCGCCAUCGGAUCUCGGGAGAAAGACACCAAGGGUCACGAGGCAAUCGAACCUCUCUUUCAAGUGCCGUUCAUUGCUAUCUCCGAUCGUUGCAUCGUCGCCUCUGAUGAUCUCGUCUCCCCUACGCAUGACAAUGAAUGCCAGCGACGAGAAGCCUCAUGGUCUCGGCAUCUCUUCACCUGUUUCGGAGAUCGAAAAAUCACCUCUUCUCGCCAAAACUCCAAGUCUUGCAUCAUUUCAUUCUCGUAACGAUAGUGUGGACAGCUCGAACCAGCCUUCGAGAGCAUACUUGCCAUCGGGUCGAACGUAUCAGCCCUCGCGAGUCCCAACAGCAUAUGUUCCCUCGCCUCAUGGAACACACCUGUAUUCGCCCAAGCACCUUCCAAAGAAUAUCGUAUCUGCUAUGUCGGAAGAAGUAGCGAAGCCGCCGGCAGCAGCAACUUUGAACACACCACAACGUGGUCUUUCAAUGCUGAAACGAGCUCCUUCGGCGCCGAGACAAGCACCUCCUAUUGCGCCGCCACGGCCGCAGCGGGGUCCUUCCAUAUCGCGACACAUCCCUAUCGUGCCGCAAAGAGUCCCUUCUCUGACACGACACGCCCCUACUGUGCUGGAAAACACUCCUUACGAACCGCAACAAGCUCCUACUCUGCCACAAAUAGCACCUACCGCACCACAGCGAGGCCCUAUCGCAGAACUUCCGCCCAUUCAGACGACAGCCCUAUACACAUCACGGCGGGUAUCUUCAAUGUUCAUGACUCCCACUUCCGAGAUGGUGCCCUCAAUAAUGGCCAAAGCCCAUUCUCCCGAAAGAAACCUCGACACCUUCCCAGCCUCGCCACCAGUCCAUCUGCCUUUGACCAAACNNCCAGAAACCUAUACCAAACAAGACGAGCACCAACACCCUACAACCCCU